UGCAGCUCAUCUCCGAAUUAGCCUCCGUCGCCACGUCCUCGCGUGAAGCAUCCCCCCGCGACUGGAAUGACAUCAGAGCAGCUCCGAGUCCUUGAAAGUCUGGGGGUUGAUUAGCUGGAGGAAUUGGCCGCUUCUGCCAAUCACCACCCUGCAAAGCCGCCUCGAUACUCUUGUAGAUACGAGGGAGAGGGAAGCUGACUACAGCAAACAGGAGGCACGGCGGCAGCACCAGCAGUAGUAAUGGGAGCAGCUGGUAGCCGGGUGAUUAAAUAGUUCUCGCAGCCUUUUUGCUAUAGCCUGGCUGCUCCCCGGUGUAAUCCCCAUGUCCGAGAAGGAAGCUGCGUUUUUAACAGUGUGCUGAACAGAGGUUUGAAUCAUUCCAGCCGGCUGCUUGUUUUGAAAAGGACAGUCUGUGUAUAAAUGAGAUGUGACUGUGCCGGCAGAGUUCAGUUAAUGGGGCUGGAGCAAGAGGAACCUUCCCGGGAUGCCGCUCAGACAGCUGCUAUCAAUUGAAAACUCUCCCUAGCUUACCUGGAGCCACGUGAAGAGAUUUGAAUAGCAGAUGUCUCUUUCCUGCACGCUAGGAAGAGAAAUUCUUCUCUAGAUAAUGUUAAGAGUCCUCUUCAUUGAUUAUUGGCAGCUGCUGCAUUCCAAGAAAGCCUCUUUCAAUUUAGCUUUCUGGAUCCUUUGACUUCCCACUCCAACAGCUUUAUAACCUCCCCGACAGCUUCAUAAAUGCACUGCAAUGGUCACAUGAACAUCUUGGGAGGGGAAUCGGCACCUCUGCAUCUCCUCGUUCCUAUGGCACUUUAGGAAGAGAGAACCAAAAAAGCGGCAAGUCCGACAGAAUUUGGAAGUCCUGCGAAAGAUGAAUCUAAUUGUGAAGCUCCGCAGAAGUUUCAGAACGCUGGUCAUUCUCCUGGCUACCUUCUGCUUGGCAAGUAUUGUCAUUUCUGCCUAUUACCUCUACACUGGUUACAAGCAGGAGAUGGCCCUUGUGGAAACCACCGGAGAAGCCGAGUGUGAGGACCUCAAGAUCCUACCAUACAGGUCCGUGGAGCUGAAAACAGCUAAGCCAAUUGAUCCAUCUAAAACUGAUCCCACUGUCCUCCUGUUUGUGGAAAGCCAGUACUCCCAGCUGGGGCAAGACAUCAUAGCCAUCCUCGAGUCCAGCAGAUUUCAGUACCACAUGGUCAUCGCACCAGCUAAGGGGGAUAUUCCCCCUCUCACAGACAAUGGAAGAGGAAAAUACACAGUUGUUAUAUAUGAGAAUAUUUUAAAGUAUGCAUCCAUGGACUCAUGGAAUAGAGAGCUUCUGGAAAAAUACUGUGUGGAAUACAGUGUUAGCAUAAUUGGUUUUCAUAAAGCCAACGAGAACAGCUCCCCAAGUACAAAACUCAAAGGAUUGCCAUUACAUCUUUUCAAUAAUGUAGCCCUCAAAGACUGCGUGGUAAACCCUCAGUCUCCCCUGCUGCGCAUUACCAAAGCGCCAAGGGUUGAGAAAGGUCCACUGCCCGGCGAAGACUGGACAGUUUUCCAGUUUAACCAUUCCACCUAUCAACCUGUGCUUUUAACUGAACUGCAGACCUCCAGACCAUCCCCCGCAGCAUUGCCAAAGGCUGCUCUGUAUGCAACCGUCAUCCAGGACUUGGGGCUUCAUGAUGGGAUUCAAAGAGUCCUUUUUGGAAACAACCUGACCUUCUGGUUGCACAAACUGAUCUUCAUUGAUGCCAUCUCUUUCCUGUCAGGGAAGAAGCUCACACUGUCCUUGGAUAGGUAUAUUCUGGUUGACAUAGAUGACAUCUUUGUUGGGAAGGAGGGAACAAGGAUGAACAUCAAAGAUGUGAAGGCUUUACUAGAGACUCAAAAUUUACUGCGCACUCAGGUUGCAAAUUUUACCUUCAACCUUGGAUUUUCAGGAAAAUUUUACCACACAGGGACUGAAGAGGAAGAUGAAGGCGACGACCUGCUGUUGAGAUCUGUGGAUGAGUUUUGGUGGUUUCCCCAUAUGUGGAGUCACAUGCAGCCUCACCUCUUCCAUAAUGAGUCAUCACUGGUGGAGCAAAUGAUCCUCAACAAAGAAUUUGCAAUAGAGCACAGCAUACCGACUGGCAUGGGGUACGCAGUGGCUCCGCACCACUCCGGUGUCUACCCGGUUCACAUCCAGCUGUACGAGGCCUGGAAGAAGGUCUGGCACAUCCGAGUGACCAGCACAGAAGAAUAUCCACACCUGAAGCCUGCACGGUACAGACGGGGCUUCAUCCACAAUGGCAUCAUGGUGCUCCCUCGACAGACCUGUGGCCUUUUCACUCACACUAUUUUUUACAAGGAAUAUCCUGGGGGUCCUCAGGAGCUGGACAAAAGUAUCCGAGGAGGCGAACUCUUCCUCACCAUUCUCUUGAAUCCCAUCAGCAUCUUCAUGACCCAUUUGUCUAAUUAUGGGAAUGACCGCCUGGGCUUAUACACCUUUGCGAACCUGGCCAACUUUGUUAAGAGCUCGACUAACCUGAAACUGCAGACGCUGCCCCCGGUUCAGCUGGCUCAGAAGUACUUUGAGCUCUUCCCAGAGCAGACGGACCCUCUUUGGCAGAAUCCAUGUGAUGAUAAACGACACAGGGAUAUUUGGUCCAGAGACAAAACGUGUGACCACCUACCCAAAUUUCUUGUGAUAGGACCCCAGAAAACAGGAACAACAGCUCUUUAUUUAUUUCUUCUGAUGCAUCCUUCCAUUAUCAGUAAUCUCCCCAGUCCAAAAACUUUUGAAGAAGUUCAAUUCUUCAACGGAAACAACUACCACAAGGGAAUUGACUGGUACAUGGAUUUCUUCCCCACUCCUUCCAACGUCACCACCAACCUCCUCUUUGAGAAAAGUGCCAACUAUUUCCAUUCCGAGGAAGCCCCGAAGCGAGCUGCUUCCCUCAUCCCCAAGGCCAAGAUCAUCACCAUCCUCAUCGACCCAUCUGAUCGGGCGUAUUCCUGGUACCAGCAUCAGCGAUCCCACGAGGACCCCACUGCCCUGAAAUUCAAUUUUUAUGAAGUCAUUACAUCCAGCCAUUGGGCACCCUCGGAGAUAAGGACUCUCCAGAAGAGAUGCCUGACACCCGGAUGGUACGCUGUCCAUAUCGAAAGAUGGUUAACUCAUUACCCUGCUUCACAGCUAGCAUAUCUACCCCUACAGUUGUUUAUUAUUGAUGGACAGCAGCUAAGAAGUGACCCAGCUACUGUGAUGGAUGAAGUACAGAAGUUCCUUGGAGUUUCUCCUCAUUAUAAUUACUCCGAAGCUCUAACGUUUGACCCUCUGAAAGGCUUUUGGUGCCAGUUAUUGGAAGGAGGGAAAACAAAGUGCCUGGGCAAAAGCAAAGGUCGAAAAUAUCCACCGAUGGACCAAGAGUCUCGAGCGUUUCUGUCAAGCUACUACAGAGACCACAACGUGGAGUUGUCCAAGCUGCUGCACAGGCUGGGGCAGCCCCUGCCCUCCUGGCUGAGACAGGAGCUGCAGAAGGUCAGGUAGCACACAAGGGCUGGGGACCCAAACAAGGACAAUUCCCUUCACCGUCAAACCCCUUGCUUCUCCGAUUCACUUGUGAUCAUCAGUAGAGGACCUCAUGAAUAAUGCUCUUUCUAUUGAAAAACAAACAAACAAAACCACAAAAUAAUAAUUAAAAAAAAAAAAAAAAAGAAAAACGAAAAACAAAAAAACGACAAACCGACAAUUGUUUAUAUGCACGUGCUGACAGUUAUUAGCAUCGACCCCUUUUGUCAGCUUCCAGGAAAUAAAGCAGAGCUACAUGGCAUUACUCUUUAUCCAGCCCAGGAUUCGUGCGUAGCCUAGUUCCUCUGUUCACCAGGAAGUACCAGAAACUGUGUGUAGGACGGGUUGGUGAAUUGCAGUCUGUCAGGACACGAGCAAAGGAUGGGAACAUCUCUCGCUGGACUGUGAGGUUGGUCAUCCGCUGGGCUUCGUCCAUGUUUGGUUUUGCUGGUUUUACCCUCAACCCUGCACGUUUUACUAUAAUUUUAUAGGGGGAUAUUCAGCACUUUGCAGUCGGAUCCCUAAUGGUUAAGAUACAUAUAGUGUAAAAGCACCAUCAUUCCUUUCUCCACAGAAAGAGAUAGGAUAAAUUCUCGCCUAACCUGCUUCCCUGGGCUUCCUGCAAUAACUGAUGACAAUCUGUGCUCCUUUUUCUGCUGGUUUGGGUUUUUUUCCCCCUUCACAACAAGACAUAUCCUGAUAUACUGGAGACAUGGGGGUUGUUGGGGUACAAGGCAGCAAGGUGGCCCUCCUCCCAGAUCUCAGUGAAAUCCAUUGCCUGUCUUUCGGACAUGGCUACUUUGCCAGCCUGAUAAGGUUUUUCAUCGCAUCUGUUGCGAUGUCUCCAGAGCUGGGACAGAGCUCUGACAUGUGAAAUCAUAUCAAAUAUUUUGUUAUUGUGCCACAGGACUCCUUAAAGCACUAUCAAAACCUUUUAAAAUCUAAGCAGGCCAUGCAAGCAGUGUACUGACAGUAACCUAAUAUCAACAAUUUUGUUUCUAUCUGGAAAGCAAUGUUUUUGCUUUGAAGCCUUCAAAGCAAGAGAUUUAGUCAUUUAGGGUCUCAGUCUGCAAGCUAUUACAGAAAAAAAAAAAAAAACAACUUUAAUAAACAAAGGUAUUUGUUAAGGUUUUGAAAAAAAAAACUAGUCUGCUAAGAAUAAACUCUUUCUGUAGACUUUAAUGGAGCUGAACAGACAAGCAUAUCCACUACAUAUCACAUAUACAUGUACGACACAUAUAUUUUUGUGCCUGCAUAUCUCCCUACAAUAUAUCUAGAUCAUACAUACAUUUGAUUUUAAAACAUCUGCUUUUUGUGCCCACAUUUAAAUGAAAGAGUGGAUUACCAAAAAUAUGGUAUUAUGAACCGUGCCUUCUUCUCUGAUCCGUGUGGGCAAGGUCGACAAGACUGGGCAGAAGCUCGCUGGGAAAUUUAAGCUGAGGGAAUAAAUACCACUUAGGCAUUUUAGCCUUGUAACACUUUUUCUCAAGAAAACGAAAGCUGGCAAAGCUUUGCUACAUGUUCUUUAUGCAGCACAAAAGGGAGUAGGUUUUCGUUUCCAGGCUUCCCCACCCUCGGCAUAAGCCAUUUCAGAUGCUGCAGGGGCUUUGUGCUUUCCCCUCCCUAUGGGUUUGAUCCUUACCUCCCAGUGCAGGAGGCAGAGCUGGAUGUUGGGGUUGCACCAUGAGUUGAAACGCGUGAGAGCUAGCCUCAGGAAGCACAAAACAGUGCACAUCAUGGACUGUGGGAUUCAAGAGCACUAGAACAAGUUAAUUUAGGCCUCAAAUCCGUUGACACAUGUAGAUAUCUAUCUUAGCAUUUCCCAGCUCCUGAAUCAUGAGACUGUCCGCCAAGAUCACGACACUAGCUUAUUUUGGACUGACAAGUCCAGGGCUUCCCAGAGCUAUCCUGGUGCCACCCAUCCCGCUCCCAGCUCGGCAGCAGUGGCACUUGCUGAUGAGGGUCCUCUGGCCCCAGCUGACCGCACAGUAUUCCCUCUCGCCUGGCCUCCAUCCCUUUCCCCCACCACCGCCCAGCUGAACGUGCCUGGCUGCUUCCUCCCUCCGCAGGGUUCCAGCCCUCCCCUCGGUCCCAGCGGUGCCCUGGCGCAGGUCCCUCAGCCCCGCGAGGAGCUGGCGCUCCCCUCCCUGGCCCCGUGGGGUUGCACAGAGGAGAGGCCAAGGGUGCCACCGGCACCGAGUCCCUGCACGGCCUCCUGUGGUCCUGCUCUCCACUUCAGCCCUCGCUCCUUCUGCGGGAAGACCCACAGCAGGGGUGAGGAGAGGAAAAAGAUGGGGGCCCCCCGCCCAGCCACCGCAGGAGCACGACAUGCCCGGCCCCACCAGUGCUGCACCGGCCUACCCACUCAGAGACGUACACGAACACACGGGAAAGCCCGAAAGACAAGCAUUGCCCCGUCUCCUCUUUGCUUUUAAAUAUUGAAAUGAGAUUCAUCUCCCAUAAGUGAGACAUCUACUUUAUUUUAUAGGUGAUGAAGGGAAAUAGUGCUUCUAGGACACCAUUCAUCUCAUCACAAAGCAGACUUCUUAAAUGAGUGAGAUUAAUCUUGCCUCUUCCUCUCUAUUGAUUGUAAAAGGACAAUAGACAACUCGUUCAGAGGGAGAGCUCAGCUGUAUAGAUCUAAAAUUAGGUGAGCUGAAAAGGAGAUGGUAUUUCAUUUCUCAGCUAUAGUUGUUGAAGAUGAGAGGGGCUGAGGGAAGGUUUUAAUUUUGUUUUGUUUUCCUAAAGUAAUUUUUCUAGUUCUUAUGUUUAGACCAGGAGGACUCUUCAAAAUGAGCUAGGGCAAACUCAAUUCCAAAUAAAAGGAACCUUACA